CUGCCUCUGCGCCUUAGGCUGACAGCCAGCAAUCGUGGUGCUGGAGGAGAAAAGGUUUCUCUCACCUUCACAGCAAAGCUGAAGGGCAAAUCGCUUUCGAUGAACCAAAACAUUCUCAAUUUCCUCCCUCUGGGAAAGCAGAAGGAGAUUUUGCAAUCCCCUGAUCCUACGAAAUACCUAGGGGCAAAGAGCGCCCUUUCUCAGCCCCGCCGUAGGUCACAUGACGAUGGCAGCAGGAGCAGCACCAGCAUCCCCGCUCUGCUGAAAUAGCCACUGGAGAAGGAAGGGAAGGAGAGAGGGGGGGACAAGAGGACACAGGGAAGAAAGACAAAGGUAAAAGCAAGUGGAGCUUUGUCGCCCACCGUGCUGCUUCAUCAGCGUCAGGCUAGAAAAGUGGGGGGAGACCCACCCCCUUGGGAGAGGAUUCGGAGACAAAGGAAGCUUCAUGUUCAAAGGACCAGUGGACAGCAAAAACGAAGCAGCCAUGUCUGAGCUGGUGCCAGAGCCACGACAAAAGCCAGUCGUACCAAUGAAGCCCAUGGGCAUCAACACCAGCUUGCUGGGCUACAUCGGUAUCGACACCAUCAUUGAGCAGAUGCGCAAGAAAACCAUGAAGACAGGUUUCGACUUCAACAUCAUGGUUGUAGGUCAGAGUGGACUGGGAAAGUCAACGCUGGUAAACACCCUCUUCAAAUCCCAGGUGAGCCGCAAAUCUUCAGGCUGGAACCGGGAGGAGAAGAUCCCCAAGACAGUGGAGAUCAAAGCCAUUGGGCACGUCAUUGAAGAAGGUGGUGUCAAAAUGAAGCUGACAGUGAUUGACACACCAGGAUUUGGAGACCAGAUCAACAAUGAGAACUGCUGGGAGCCUAUUGAGAAAUACAUCAACGAGCAAUAUGAAAAGUUUUUGAAAGAGGAGGUGAAUAUUGCAAGGAAGAAACGAAUUCCAGACACGCGCGUGCACUGCUGCCUCUACUUCAUCUCCCCUACAGGGCACUCCUUGCGGCCUUUGGACCUGGAGUUCAUGAAACAUCUCAGCAAGGUAGUGAACAUCAUCCCAGUUAUUGCUAAGGCUGACACCAUGACCUUGGAGGAGAAGACUGAAUUCAAACAAAGAGUGCGCAAGGAACUAGAAGUAAAUGGGAUCGAGUUUUAUCCCCAGAAAGAAUUUGAUGAGGACUUGGAGGAUAAAACAGAGAACGACAAAAUCAGGCAGGAAAGCAUGCCCUUUGCAGUAGUGGGCAGUGACAAGGAGUACCAAGUGAAUGGCAAAAGAGUCCUGGGCAGGAAAACACCUUGGGGAAUCAUUGAAGUGGAAAACCUCAAUCACUGUGAAUUUGCCCUACUUCGAGAUUUUGUCAUCAGGACCCACCUUCAGGACCUAAAAGAAGUGACCCACAACAUCCACUAUGAGACCUACAGAGCCAAACGGCUGAAUGACAACGGAGGGCUGCCCCCCAUGGCUGUGGAGACAGAGGAAAACCACGAAAGUAAUCUGUGAAAGAGCCUCCCCCUCCAUGGUCACUGGUGACUCUGGCCAGACAACCCACCCCUGCUACUACCCCUGACUCAGCCACGGGCCUGUCUCUGCAGCACGUGGGAGUGAGAGGCUGCGAGUGUGAGUGUGUGCGGCGUGCGUGUGCCUCCCUGUGUGCCAGAUAGGGACAGGGCACCCCCCCAGCCCUCCCAGAGUAUCCCCAUCCUUGGUCUGUUUGUGCACAGUGCACUGUCCCCCAGCUUCCCUGCUCUCCUUCCUAUGUCUCAGCUGUGUAUCUUGUCUGGGGGAAAUAGUGGUGGGGGGGAAGGAUUUCUAGGGGUGUGGAUUUUGGAGGGGGGAAGUGUGGGGCAUGCUGUAGUCCUGUUUUUAUCACUUGGACACAAGGCAAGGAGAGACUCUGGGAGAGAUGGUGGAGUCAGUGCAUGCAUAUUUCAAGAGAUGUCAGCCGAGAUUUCUCUUGGAUCUUCCAUGGGUGUAAAGGCAGCUGGUUGGUCUGAGGGCAUGGUGGCCUGGCAAUUAAUCCCCUUUUCUUGCUGUGGCUUCCCAAGGGGAAAUGGCAGCUUGGAACAGGGUAGAUGAGAGAAGACUGGCACUGUUUUGUGGUUCAGAGCAAGUGACUGGUGGGAGGAGACAGAAUUAGUUCUUGGCCUGUAGCAUCUGUUUGAGAAGCGUCAAAGUACUUGGGGAAAAUGGAUAUAUUUUUCAAAAGACACAAAACCCGGGGGGAAAGAACGUGUUCCUGCUGCAGAGGGUGCAUUUGCCCUGCCCAGCAAGAAGGUCAAAGCCAUGCUUGUGUCACAGGCAUUCGACUCUGUGCAGAUCAGACCAAGCUGUGCUGGGGUCACGCCAGCUCAGGGAGUCACCCCAUGCCCCUGCUGCACUGGUCUCUCUCCAGCAGCACCGAGCACAUCCUGGCCAAACCCUUCCCACGGAUGGCCCCGCUGCUGUGUGAGCACAGGGAGGACAGUGCCACAGGGGGUCCCUGCUGGGACCUCCCCCAGGGACAGCUCCACUCGGCAUAGCACCUUGGGGAUCUUGGAGGAGUGCAAACAGCCGUGGAUUGAGAAGCACCGGGCCAGGGUGGGGCACAAGAGACACCUCUGCCCCAUUCUCCUCAUUGAAAUGGCUGCAUUUGCUACUGUAGCAGUGCUGUUCCUCUGCUCUCCUACUGCGCCAUGUCCUCCUCCAAUCCUGUGCUUUUGUCCUCAUUCCCUUUCAGCCCUCCGUAGCUUUCUUCCUUCUUUUCUUUCCUGUUUUUUAUCCUUUAAGUCUCUCCUUCAUUUUUCCAAGUACUUGAAUAUUUCUCUUCUCCAGGCUGUUUCCUCUUUCUCCCAAGCUCUCACACCUUCUUAACAAUGUGCUUUUGUGUCCUGUUGAGAAGCUGUUGUUUUACCUUUCCCUGGAGGGGAUGGGGAGGGAAGGUAAAGACCUGUGAGCAGAAAGAGGCACAGUCUGGGUGUCCCUGAGAGAGGUCAAAAGUGUCAGGGCUGUCUGGACAGAAGGAAGGAGGGGAGAGGACCAGAGAUGUCCUGAGGCUGGCAGUGUCUGCCUGUCUCUGCAUGUCCCAUGGCUGCCAGGGGCUGUCCCCUCCAGGAGAGUUGCCAGCCACACUUGGAAUGCCAUGGCCUGGCACCCAGCAAGGGGAAGAGCAGGGCUUGGGAUGGGGGUUGGAAAGGCGGGCACUGGAGGGAGGAGGAAGAAAACAGCAAAUGAGCAGCAGAGGAAGACUCAAGUCAAACUUGAUGUUGGUUGAUGGAGCUGUGUGGGUGCCGGGGCUGGCAAUGGGGCUCUCCAAGCCUUAGCAAAACUGUCAGGAGCAUGUGUCCAUUGUGUGGCUUUCUCUGGUGCUGUCACGGCAAAGCAAAGGUUCUCUUCACUCUCACUCCCACCUGUCCACACCAAUCAGCCAUUCUCAGCAGCACUGGGACGUGAGGGCCAUUCCUGCACUUCCACAUCCUUUCCCCACCCACGUUCACAGCUCCUGGUGUUCCUGUAUGCAGUGUGUGCGUGCAGCCUUGCACACCCUCCCCCUGCACCAGGCUCCUCGGUCCUGCAGGGAGCAGGAGCCUUGUCCCCGGUGCCAGCAGCCAUUCCAUGGACCCCUGCAGAGACCACCUGGCCAUGCUGCCACCCACACUGCCACACAGCCGGCCCUGCUCAGCCCAAGGACAUCAAAGACGUGAACCUCGUCAAAGACACUGCCAGGGCUCUGCUUCUUCACAGCACAGAAGCACGCAGCCACGUCUCAUCCCUUCACCCUGGGCUACAGAAUAGUAAUCUUUAUGACUUCUGGGCCCAGCCAGGGGUUAGGGCAGGGACACAAUGCUGCCCUGCCUAAAGAAACAAAGCAGACCCACGCAACAGAAGAGAGACUUUCCUUUGCCUGCAAUGUGGAUUUCAAGGACAAGGUUGUGUGUUUUGCCCUAUAGGUUUAGGAAUUUUUAUUUCUUUGUAAUAACGUGGUUUUUACACCCUGCUCUGUAAUUUCUUGUCGGAUCAUAGACUACUUUUAAAUGAUCUCUACAAGCUUGUGAGAAAAACAUGCUCAGGUACUCCUCA